UCAAGUUAAAUUCAAUAAGCAAGCAGUCAGGCAAGGCAUGCAGAAAGGCAGCCCAUUGUCAAUUAAUCUACUAAUUGUUUUGUAAAAAAUUUCAUGUUAAAAAGGGUUUCUCAGGAUAUAAAACGCUCAAAUUCGCAACUAUAAAUUGGCGCACAAGUGUCCUGCGAUAGAGAUACCUAUAUAUAUACAAUAUCAUCUAAUUCGGCACUAUGGCCGAGAUAUUGUCACGCGAAAAGGAAUUGUUCAAAAUUAAUCAGGAGCUUAAUCUAAUGUCAUUGGGACCCGGUGACGACCAGCAGGUACCUGUGGUAAGUCAAUCUCGGUAUGGCACUUACCUUAAACAGAAGGGUCCCAGCACGCUGCUCAAGAAGAAGUUUAAUGGCGAAAGCGCCACAAUCAGGCCAACAUCGGGACGGGGACCGAAGAUGAAGUGCCAAUCGAAGUCGUUGAACAGAAGUGCUGGCACAUCGCCAUUGACAACGCCCCCGUCACCCACGCCCAGGGGUAAGACCACGCCGACUCUGAUGACCUCGCUGACCAAGUCGAAGCUGCCGGAGCGUCGCCAAGGUGCUGCAGGCAGCGACUGGAAGCCUGGCAAGGGGCAAUGCAAGUAUGCCACGGCACAGCCCACAAUCCGCGGGGACAGCACCUUCACUCGCAGGGCCGUCCACAAGACGGCAACGUAUGUGAAGUACCGCAAUCCGAAUUUCACGCAGAGUCCUUCACUGGAUCUGCUGCUGCGCAAAGAUGAUGAUGACAUGUCAAGCAACGCGCAGCACUUGCAGCAGCAGCAGCAAGAACAGCCGCAACAACUGGUGGGGGUGGAGGUGACGCAGCAGACACGCGAGAGCACGACGGUGAUCAACGGACAGUCCAAGAAGCAUCUCACUCAGGACAACUUUAUACGAUUUCUCAAGGCCAAGGUGGUCAUAUUAGAGGAGGAUCAUGGAGCACUCACGCAAGAGAUGUCGGCUCAAAGGGAGCGUAUGGACGAGGCCAUGGAAGCACUACGGAAAAUCGAAAUACAGCGGGAUCAGGCCAUCAACUCGAACACAAAAUUGACUGAUCAACUGCACCGACUCGAGCAGCAGGGCGAAGAGGCAACACGACGCCAAAAGGAACGCCAGCAGGAGUUCGGUAAUCUGCAGCGGGAGCUGGAACUGCUAAAGCGCGACAACAAAAUGUUGAAACAAACCAACAUCAAUCUGGAGAAUCGCUUGUCCCGUGCCAACGACGAAGCGGAAUCUAUACGUCAAAUGCUCAGUCAGCAAAGUGGCGAUAAACGAGAGGAGCAGGAGACACAACGCAAAGAGCUAAAACUGCGUGACAGCCGCAUCAAAGCGCUGAAGCGUCAACGAGCCGAUCUACUCAACGCCUACAAGAAGCAAUUAUUCAUGAUUGACAACCUGAAGCGUCAGAAUAGUUGCGUGGAGCAGGCGGUGGCUAUUGGCUUUGGCGAGAAGGAGUUCAACAAGGUGCUUGAAUGGAACAUGGGCAGCAAGGCCACCUUUUAACCACCAGCACAACUGUUGGCAGUAGUGACAGAUUUUAC